GUUCCAUCCCUAGUCGAAAAUUCAGAAAAAAAAUAAUUAUUAUUUGAAAAAUUCGGGAAAAGCAUAAAUUCUCACUCCGAAAAUGUCUGAAAAAGACGCUACGGAUGGGGACCCUGGGCAGAAGAGGUCGAAAAACAACGAGAACGAUGCUGCUGGUGAUGAGGUGGCGCAAAAGUCGUUGACAAUGUCCUUCAUGGACUGGAAAAAAUGCAAGGAAGCCCUGAAGCCAGAUGCGAAUGCGGGAGGAGGACAGCGACGUAAACAAUGGUCCCAACUCGAACACAGAAGCUACAACAGCGGCGGGUGCAGCGGUAAUGGUAACAAUCAAUGGAACAACCAGGACAGAAAUAAUGUUCCACCGCUCAGCCGCCCGCCACCGCUUCCCUUGCAGCUGAUGUCAAUGGGUCUGGGCUUUGGAGGUAAUUUCAAUUCGGGUCCCCCACCCAAUAUGCCCAACUGCAAUAUGGGCAACAUGGGCAUGGGCAUGGGCAUGGGAGGACCUGGUCCUGGCCCUGGACCUGGCCCGGGACCUGGACCCUGCCGCAAUAAUGGUCAUAAUAACGGCGGCAACAAUCAAGGUCCACUGCAACCGCCUCCAUUUUGGGAUGACAUGAUGUCGCCGAAUCAGAGACCGCCUCCCAUACAGCCACCAAUGCCCAAGUGUCCGAGUCUUUGGAACUUGCUGCCCAAGGACAAAGGCCAACGCCAGAAUCGCACCAACCAGACGCCCAACAAGAAGUACAAGCUGAACAACAGCAGUAAAAACGUGGCCAAGGAAUCGUACCUGAUGCCUCCUCCACCGCCGCCACCGCCAUCCGAUCCGCCUACCGAUGCUGACGCCAACGACACCAAGGACGGCGCUUCCACGGCGAACGGUGGACAGCCAUCGAAGAAGAAGCGAGGCGGUGCCUUCAUACAAAUCAACGGACAGUGGAUACAAAAACCGGAGGCGCCGCUGCCACUCGAGGAUUCGCCGCCCGGCACCAAGGAGGAUCGCCAGCGGCAGUGGAAGGAGUAUCGGCAGGCGAUGAAACCGUUCAAGAAUCGCGAAUUCCACAACUGGAAGAGAACUGUGCAGCGGCUGGGCAAGCUGCCGCGCGAGGAACUCGACGAACAGCAGCUGGAGCGACUGCAGAAGGCCGAGGAGUACAUUGGCGCCCACAAGGCAAUGCUGACCAUCAAGCAUGCCGAGCGCUGGGUGCAGCAAGACAAUCAGAAGAGCGAUGAUUCGGACAAGACGCAGGUCUAUGUGCGUCGCCAGGUCAAUCCCAGUUACUGGGACAAGUUAAAGCAGAAGCAAAGCCUGGACAACAAUGGAUUCCAGCCCGGGCAGCUGGACAGUGAGCCCGCGACGCCAUUCGUAGGCACUGGUCGGGCCAUCAAGGGCGGGUUUCCAACGGAAGCCCAGACGCAGGUGCCAACACAUCCGCAGCCGCAGCCGCAGCUGCAGGCAACGCCCAUGGGUCAAUAUAACUCACAGCAUCAGCAGCGGGAAAACAAUUACAGCAACACCUUUGGAAUGGUAUCCAACAGCACGAGCACGAGCAGACCGAACUCCUCGUAUUACAGCAACUACAGCAACAGCUUCGUGAAGGGCGACAUGCUGCUGCCACCCUAGAGCCGAGACCAGCCAGUGAGCUGGAGCGAGGGCUACACCUAGUUAACAAUUGGCACACUUACACCGAGCUGUGGCUGCGACUUCGAUACGAGCACAGGUACAGUGGAUACGUCGCGAGAUCAACCCACGAAAGGGAGAACACAAGACACAAGGUGGGUGGAUGGAUUACACACGGUUCACUGCACACGACAGCAGCGGUAUUUGUAUUCAGAUAAAUGUAACAAAUUCUCAUCCUAAAACUAA